AUGAGUCCGGGCGAGCGCGCCGCCCUAGGGCGCCGCGAAGCCCCUCGCCCUCGCUACGCCGCUACCGCACCGGGAUUCCCGCCACAAUACUAUCCGCCCUUCGGAGUACCACAUCCUAACGCAUGGCUCGGAGCACCCCUUAUAUCUAUGGCGGGGCGUAAUCCUCCUAGAGACAACCCCGUGUCCAAACUUGCUAUGCAUGCUCAGGGAGCGCCUCUCAUCAUCCACAAUAGACACGACCGUAAGAAGUACACGACAAUACCUGAACAAAGAAACCAUCGUCCUACUGGACAGGAUGUUCAUGUUAGACAUGACAGGUGUGACGUACCUGAAAACACGAGGCCGCGAAACCAAGCACAACAGCAGCAAGUACGACCCUCGCGGAACAACACACGCAACAAUAAUACGGAUGCAGUCAGUGUCACCAGCGAUGAAAGUUCUGGCUCUAAUAAUUCAGAGACAAUGUUACCGAGAAUAAUUAAGCCCAGGAAACGACGUAAAAAAGAUAGAAAACCCAAUAACAUAGUUCCACACGACUUGACAUCAGCGGCGUUGGAACUCGGUGAAGUCGAUCACUGUGUAACAAAUAUGGGGUCGGCAUCUCACGGUAUUUACGAUGAAUCCUAUUGCAGAGAUGUGACAUUGCCGUAUCGGUUACACGUAAAAGUAUUAGACUACCCGGAUCCCGUCCCGGAGACGUAUAGGGUUACGGCUUUAGGUGAGGCUUUGGAGGCUACUCGUUUCGGCUUAGCUGAAGCAGCAUCCCCUGCAGAAUCAGCGGUCAGUUCCUGUCAAUGUCGCUAUUGCGAUCCCGUCGGUCAGAUCUGGGAUGCGAAUUCUCUCGCACAUUUAUUGGAUGAAAAUACGAGUGUUGAUUUUGCACCGACAAAGCUAGAAGAUUCGAUGAAAGUUGUCGGACCGCUUGGAAAGCGCGGUGGUGAUACUAUGUUGAGACGAAGCUGGAGCGACCCUUCAGCGCGAGUUCCUGAAAGAAAAGCUAAUAAUAACGAUACUUUAUCGGCAUCAAAUCUUUAUUCUCUGUUCCCUCUGCCAAGAAGAUCUAUUUCUUCAGAGCCUAAGUCCCCACUCGCUUUGGAGAUAUCUUCUGAGAUCGUUACUUCCAUGAACGGACAUCGGGACUUGGAAAUUAAGCUGUUUUCUACUUUGCCUCCAGCUUCGAGUUCGGAUGAUCUGUCAUUCUUCGACGAAAAAAGUGAAAGUGCUACCAAGAGUAGAAGUGCUUACCCAAGCCCUGAGCUUAAAUUGAACAGUGAAGUGAACUGUGAGAGAGUAGUAUUAAGUGAUAAAGGCGCUAAGAAGAGUGAAAAUCUAGAUCCAAGUUGUUUAAAAACAGUUGGGGUUAGCGAGAACUCGCGAAAUAUUUGUGAUUUAGCCUUAGUAUCUGCCUGA